AUGGCAACCUCUCCCCCGAAAUCCCCCACCACCCCCAAGUCCCCCACCACCCCCAAGUCGCCCCCGUCGCGGAAGAAAGAUGACUCCUUCUUGGGCAAACUUGGCGGGACCCUGGCCCGGAGGAAAAAAGCCAAAGAAGUGUCUGAACUACAGGAAGAAGGAAUAAAUGCCAUUAAUUUACCUCUCAGUCCAAUUCCAUUUGAACUAGAUCCUGAGGACACGAUGCUGGAGGAAAAUGAAGUCCGAACAAUGAUUGAUCCAAAUUCAAGAAGUGACCCCAAAUUACAAGAGCUAAUAAAGGUAUUAAUUGACUGGAUUAAUGAUGUAUUGGUAGGAGAAAGGAUCAUUGUGAAAGACCUUGCUGAAGACAUGUAUGAUGGACAAGUAUUACAGAAAUUAUUUGAGAAACUUGAGAGUGAAAAACUGAAUGUUGCUGAAGUCACACAGUCUGAAAUUGCUCAGAAGCAGAAGUUACAGACAGUUCUUGAAAAGAUUAAUGAAACCCUUAAACUUCCUCCAAGGAGCAUCAAGUGGACUGUUGACUCUGUUCAUGCAAAAAGUCUUGUAGCAAUACUUCGUCUUUUGGUUGCAUUGUCACAAUAUUUUCGGGCACCAAUCAGACUCCCAGACCAUGUGUCCAUUCAGGUUGUUGUUGUCCAGAAACGAGAAGGAAUCCUCCAAUCCCGACAAAUCCUAGAGGAAAUAACUGGUAACACUGAGGCAUUAUCAGGAAGGUAUGAACGGGAUGCAUUUGACACUUUAUUUGACCAUGCUCCAGACAAGCUCAAUGUUGUAAAAAAGACCCUCAUCACUUUUGUGAACAAGCACCUGAAUAAACUGAAUUUGGAGGUUACAGAACUGGAAACCCAGUUUGCAGACGGUGUGUACCUAGUGCUGCUAAUGGGUCUCCUGGAGGGCUAUUUUGUGCCUCUGCACAGCUUUUUCUUGACUCCUGAUAGUUUUGAACAAAAGGUCAUUAAUGUGUCCUUUUCAUUUGAGCUAAUGCAAGAUGGAGGGUUGGAAAAACCAAAACCAAGGCCAGAAGAUAUUGUAAAUUGUGACUUGAAGUCCACACUGAGAGUGCUGUACAAUUUGUUUACCAAAUACCGGAAUGUGGAGUGA